CAAAUCAUGUCCAAAGGAAUUCAACCAUCACUAUCCCAAACUACUUCAAAACAACCAUCAAAUCUUCCUUGAUCCACAAUCUCUCACCCCUAAAAUCACGAAAAUUUGGGCUGUAAUCAGUCAGGUUUGGUGAGUGGAAACCAACGAACAAUGCAGGAAUGGCUCAGCAGAGGCAAUCUGGAGGCAGCUUCUUCGAUAAAGUCGGGUUCGGAAACGAUCAUGUUUCAGUCGGGAUUCGUGCCGCCACGGCUUCCCAUAACCACAACUUCAAGCAAUCGCGAACUACUCAUCAUCGCCGCUUCAGAAGUCGAAGGAUUUCCGUCCGCGCUUUCGUGCUCGUUGUUCUAACCCUCAUUUUUAUGAUAUCUGCUUCUGCGUUCUUCUUUCUUUCUAAAGAUGAUAAAGAUAAGGAUGAUUACAUUGUUGAAACUGAUGAGUUUGGGACUGAUCUGGACUUCCUCGCAAAUGUGACACGUACAGAGAGAUCAAAAAUCCUCAAGUUUGGCCACGGUUUGGUUGGGCAUGGUCGUGACUCCCGCUAUUGGGACAGGGAUGAUCGGAGAAGAGAUGAAGAUUACGGUGAGGAUUUAGUGGGGCAUUCUGAAAUUGGUGCUCAGGGUGGGUCACUUACUAAUCUUAGUACUCCGUCGAAAAUAAAUGAUAGAGAAAAGAGGUUCUCCGAAGAAAACAAAAGGUCAGAUCACAGGGUAGCUGGUUUGUAUAAUGAAGCUGGGCGUAAUGAGCUGAAGAUGUAUGAAGCAGAGUAUGAGGCCUCUUUAAAGGUCGUUUCUGUAUCUAAGAAGGAAGCUAAGAGCAUUAAUCAGCAGCCAGAUGAUACAGAUAAACAGAAGCAUGACGAGGAAGAUGAUUUGGAUGACGAGUACAAUGACGAAAUUGAUAUGCAUGACAUUCGACUUGAAGACUAUAAUGCUGGCCUAGGAAAUGACCACAACUCUGAUAUAGGAGUAUCUCAAGGUGUAGAUGGUGGAGGAUCUUCAACCAAGAAUGAUGAUGACAUGCCAAUUAAGGACGUUACCCACACUUUGCUUGUGGAUCCUUUAGAUCCUGACAAACUCAAGAUUAAUUCCGGACAUGUCAGUGUGAUUGAUGUGCAAUCCUCAAGAAGGGCAAUAUCUGAGAGGAGGAUUGCUUCCAAGAAGAGGUCAAAGCGGCGAAAAUAUUCAGGUGCUUGUGAGAUGAAAAUUCUUAAUUCUACUAUGAAGCUUGUGGAGCCUCCAGAAAAUCGAAAGUUUGCAAGAUUUUCCUUGGAGUACACAGAACUAGAAGAGAACAUUAACAAGUUAGAACCAUGGAAGCUCAAAUUUGCUGGGAAUCAAAAUUUAGAACAAAGGGAACAAUCAUUUGUUGCACAUGAUCAAACACUUCAUUGUGGCUUUGUGAAGGGUCCUAAAGGAUAUCCUAGCACAGGAUUUGACUUGGCUGAAGAUGAUGUAACGUAUAUUAGUAGUUGCCAUAUUGCUGUUAUCUCAUGCAUAUUUGGAAACUCUGAUCGUCUAAGAUCGCCGAUGGGGAAAACGGUUUCUCGUUAUUCAAGGAAAAAUGUUUGUUUCGUCAUGUUUGUAGAUGAUGUUACUUUACAAACUCUUUCUUCAGAAGGACAUAUGCCAGACAGAAUGGGUUAUAUUGGUAUAUGGAGAAUUGUGAAUGUAAAGAAUCUUCCGUACACUGACAUGCGGAGAGUAGGGAAAAUACCAAAACUUUUGGCACACCGUCUUUUUCGUAAUGCAAGGUACUCCAUUUGGUUGGAUAGCAAGCUGCGGCUACAACUGGACCCUUUACUGGUCUUGGAGUAUUUCUUGUGGCGAAAGGGCCACGAAUAUGCAAUUUCGAAUCACUAUGAUCGCCAUUGUGUCUGGGAGGAAGUUGCUCAAAAUAAGAAGCUCAACAAAUACAAUCAUACCGUCAUAGAUGAACAAUUUGCAUUUUACCAGGCUGAUGGAUUGACAAGAUUCAAUCCAAUGGAUUCUCAAAAGCUCCUCCCAAGCAAUGUACCAGAAGGUUCAUUUAUUGUAAGGGCACACACGCCUAUGUCAAACUUGUUUUCGUGCCUUUGGUUUAACGAGGUUGAAAGGUUCACACCCCGUGAUCAGUUAAGCUUUGCGUAUACAUACCAGAAACUAAGAAGGAUGAACCCCACCAAGCCGUUUUACUUUAGCAUGUUCAAGGACUGUGAAAGGCGAAAGAUAGCAAAGUUGUUUCGGCACAGGUCAGAGGAGAGGAGAUAUACAGUUGGACAAGAGACGGAGUGAGUUUUUGUGUCAGAUUCUUCUUGUUUCUAUACAUGGAACGCUGUUUUUGGGUGGUGCCGCAAUAAAAGUGAGGUAAGACCAUCAGUCAUUUGUACAUUUUCCAUCUGAAGGAACAACAGACAUGAAUCCAGUAAAAGAUAAAAUAAAAGAUUCAAAUUCCCAUUUGAUAUUCUGUUCACUGCUCUGAUGCUGAUACCGAUGAACCCAAGUGCCAAACCAGUAUUAUAAUUCUUGGAUAUUAUUGAUGUUCUUUUGUGGUUUUAUGGAUUAGUAGUAGAUAUCAACAUCCAGAUUUUGAACUCCUGAAAUUGGGUUUGUAAAUGCAGUUGCGGUUUUCUAGACUUUGCCGUUUUUUAGAUUUUGGUCGUUUCUGCUUGAUGAUAGUGAAUUUUAGGAUACCGACUGUUUCUUUGUAUCGUUUGUUACGUGUAUUAUAUAAACAAAAAUUCGAUAUUUGUUUGAUCUAAAAGACUGAGGAUAAGCCCUUUCUUUUGAG